AUGAUACAAUCAAACUUGGAUAUAAAAUUAUCUAAGAAAAAUUUUAAAAAUGUUUCUGAGAAGGUAGCUAUACACCAUGACUUGGGAAAUUAUCAAAUAAUUCUUUUUGUAAUUACUAAUAUUGGGUUAUUUCCAACUGCUGCAUCAAUGCUAAUAAGUAUUCUAUUUGAACCAUCAAAGGAAUAUUGUCAAGAUUUUAAUAAUGGUACACAAAAAAAUGGUACUUUUGGGUAUGAGUUUCAUUCUUUAUUUAUGACAUGGCAAUUGCAUUGCCAAGACUCUUAUUUACAUAAAAUAAUUACAAUUUUCGUUAUGGUUGGUGCUACAAUAGGUGCUAUAACAUCAGGUUACAUUUCUGAUAAUAAUGGUAGAAAACCUAUAAUUGUAGGUUCAUUAAUUAUAAUGGGAAUAACAAAUUUGUUAAUAUCAAUUAUUGGAACUCAUGGUUGGUAUAUUUUUUCUAUAGUUUUUUUUAUACAAGGAUGUGCUGUUGGAGCAUACAUGUCAUCACAUCUUAUUCUUAUCAUGGAAAAUUUAGAAAAUCCCAGGUCACGUCUUCUUGUUGUAUGUCUAAAUGCCUGGCCAUUAGGUUUAUGUUUUACAGCAUUGAUUUCUUAUCUUACUAAGCAUUGGAUAUAUUUUCAUAUCUUAAAUAGUAUCACAUCAUUGAUAAUGGCUUCAUUAUUGUAUUUAUUUGCACAUGAAUCACAUAUAUGGUUAAAUGAAAAUAAUUUACCUUCCAAAGCAUUAAAAAUUAAAAAUUCAAUAAACAAAUUUAAUUCUGGAUCUCUAAAUAAUAGAAGAGGUAUAUUGAAAACUGAAGGUAUUAAAAUUUUAAAAAAUAAUCCAACAAACCAAAAUGAUGAUAGUGAAAGUAAAUUAAUAACUGAUACUCAUAUAAAUAUUAAAGAAUCAAGAAAAUUAACAACAUUAGAAAUUAUAAAUGUUCCAAAAGUUAGGACACACCUUCUUGUACUAGCAUUUUCUUUUUUUUCUUCCUCUAUAGUUUCUUUUGUCAUGUACUUUAGUCUUGAUAGUGUUGCUGGAGAUCCUUAUAUUAAAAUGAUUAUAAUGGGUUUGGCAAAAUUUGUAGCCGGUUUAAUGCCAUAUUUUCUAUCUAAAUGGUUUGGUAGAAUGACAAUUUUUCUUUUUUCAUUAGCUUUAUCAGGUGGUGGUUCAUGGAUUUUUAUUAUUUCAUGGUAUGGUUUUGGAAAAAUUGAUGGAUUAUUUUUAAGUGUACUUUGUCAAGUUUUAGCUGCAACAACUGAUCCUGUUUUUAAAGUUAAUCACUUAUACUCAGCUGAGUUAUUUCCAACAAGUGCCAGAAAUACAUGUCGUGGUAUAUGUAAUGCUGCUUCUAGAGUUGGAAGUAUGUUAGCACCAGGAAUGAUCUUAUUAAAACGUUUUGAUUCUGGAUUACCAUAUGCUGUUAUAACAUUUCUUCUCACUUUACAAUGGAUACUAGGAUAUUUAUACCUUCCAGAAACAAAAAAUCAAUUGUCUUUGGAGAAAAAAAAUGAGGAACCAAAAGUUGAACCAAUUGAAGAUAUCCAUACACGACAAGUAAAAUAA